GCCCGUCAGGUCUGGCGACGCGCUUCCGGCCGCUGCGGGCAAAACACGGAGUGAAGAAAGUGAGUGAGGGACGGCGGCGAUGGAGGCGAUGGACAGCGAGAACAUGGACCCCCUUCAGUGGGACACCAAGCUCAGUGAGCUGAAUCUAUCAGCUGGAAACUGCGAGGUUUUUUAUGCGACGCACUUCACGGAGAUGUUGGAUGAGUAUUCCAAGGAUAUGCUGGGCCAUCUUUUCAACGAUCCUUUCCUCUCUGAUAAAAAUGAGCUGAUGGAUGCAGAGCUCUCACCUGCUCCACAUAUUCAGGCUGAACACAGCUACUCCUUGGCGGGUGACUCCCGACCGCAGUCUCCACUCACACAGCUCUCAACUGAAGAUGACUUCAGUGAAGAUAUGGAGUGUGAAUCCUGGUCAGUGAGAUCUGAUCUAAAGCCAAUCACACUGAAGCACGAAGCUCUCCUCUGUGAUAAUAAUUGUCUUGCACCUUCUGUUACCUUAACAACUGCAGCAAUCUCCACAGUCAUGGACAUUGCACUUGACACAUACAAGGUGGAGGUAACCUCUGUGAAUGAAUCUGACCUUGAUGCAGUUUCCAAUGUACAGACUACCAGCGGUGCACAGAAGGUUCUUCCAAAGAUUAAGUUGGAACCGCAUGAGGUGGAUCAGUUCCUCAAUUUGUCUCCAAAGGAAGAUAUAGUGCAACUGCCACCAACCCCACCAAGCAGCCAUGGCAGUGACUGUGAGGGUGGACAAAGCCCAAUACGUUCUGUUCAGUCACCAGACCCUGUCGAGCCACAGCCCACUGGAAAAAUCAUAACACGUGCACCAUCUGCUUUGUCCAGCUCCCCUCUUCUCACUGCACCACAUAAACUGCAAGGAUCAUCAGGACCUUUGCUUCUGACGGAAGAAGAAAAACGUACACUGAUUGCUGAAGGAUACCCAGUUCCUGUCAAGCUACCACUCACAAAGGCAGAAGAGAAAGCACUCAAGAAAAUACGGAGAAAAAUUAAGAACAAGAUCUCCGCUCAAGAGAGCAGAAGGAAGAAGAAAGAAUACAUGGAUACGCUGGAGAAAAAGGUAGAAUCCUGUUCAAAUGAAAACAGUAAACUCCGUAAAAAGGUGGAAAAUCUAGAAAAGGCAAACAGGUCCUUGCUCCAGCAGCUGCAAGGUCUCCAGGUUCUGGUAGCGGGGAAGGUGCCCAGAUCCUGCAAGAUGGCCAGUACACAAACCAGCACAUGUCUGAUGAUUGUGGUGCUGUGUUUUGCCAUCGCAUUGGGAGGUAUGAGUAACAAAUUCGACCCAUUCUCAUCUUCUGUGACAAAAUCAGUUGUGCCCAUUCAAGAUUCCACACAAGAAUCUUAUGCAGCCACUGUUCGCUCAAGACAUUUAUUAUUUUAUGAGGAGCGCCCUGGCUUUGAAGACGAGAUCAGUUCUGUGAUGUCGACAGAUGCCUGGGAGAAAUUAGCUGAAUCUGUUCGAGAAAGAACGCGACUGGCACAGUUCCUCACAGUCAGAGGCUCAGCACAGAAGCAGCAGGCACAGGAAGCAGUUGCACACACAGUGCAGCCAGCAGAAGAAUAUAUAAUAGCAAAUGAAACAAGAACUGAAAAUUCAGUCCUGAUAGAGCUCCAAUCACAACGGGGCCUUCCCAGUCUAGGGAUUAAUGGAACUGCUGUGGAAAUUGACAGAAGAGUCAACACAACCUCAUAAAAACUAUAAGGUGGUUUUAAUCCUGAUGUACAACGAAAGCAGUCCCUUUUUUAUAAAACCCAACUCAGACUGCCAGUCAAACCUCCAGGAGAAGAUCAGAUACAUACUGCAUUAUUUCCUGUAAAUCAAUGUAAGCUUGUUUAUUAAUUUAUAUAAAUUAAUAUCUAUACGUAUUGGAAAUUUGAGUCAUAAAAUAUAGCUUUUCUGCAUUGGAAAAUCUUUAUCGCGCAGUGGGUGCAACAAGCUAUUUACUUAAGCAUACAAAGGUAUGGAUCCCACUCUUGCUUAAGAUUUCAGCGUUCAGAACCAGCAGAAGAGAUUAGUUUGAGUUUCAGUGAAUUGAUAGAAAUGCACUGUCCCCUUUUGUUCUCCUUGAAGAGAGGGAGAGCUAAGAAUUUCAGUGAGCUCUUAAAGGGACUGAAAAAUCCAAUAAGCAAGUCGUAUUUCUUGAAACUUGCUUUAUCUCAACUUUUUCUAGUCCUGCUGUAUGAUCAUUGGCCUAAAGAUUUCCCUCUCUACUGCUGCUGCUGGCUGGCCUGCUGUCUUUUGGGCUUUUAUUCUUACAGAUCACUACCAUCCACACUAGUUUGAUUUUUAUCUAAUUUGCUCUAUAUUUAUUCUUUUGUGUAAAUUAAAAUGUCUAUCAUUCCAUAAAAGUAGAAUUGUUUGGGAUAUUAGCCUUUCAACUGAAGGCUCUUGCUUGUCCUGACAGAGGACUUGUCAGGCAUCACCUCCUUUCUCUACUUAUUAUGUCACUUCACAGAGGCCAAUGAUCUUAUCCAUCAAGUUACCAGGUUUACUCUUACUAUUUGGAUCCUAUCUCUCACAUAAAACGUAGGCCUCAAUUAGCAACUGGGAGAAAUAUUAUCCCUACUAAUUAUGUCCCUGUCCAUAACUAUUAAUGUUUUUGUCUAAAUUAAUUCACUCAUCAGGAGCAACAUUAUUGAUAACAUUAGCUGUUAUAUUCUCCAUAUUUGGAGAAGGGCUAAUGAACCCAUUAGAGGUUGCCUCAACUUCACCUUUUUAUAAAAUUGAUUCUACAUUGCCUUGCUGUAAUGUUGAGCGCCCAUUGUCUUUCACGGGUGGCAAUGUUUUAAGUGACCUGUAUUAGUUUUGUUGCUAUGUAGCUUUAGCUUCCUUUUGGAUUUUAGCAAUUUUUUUUUUUUUGUUUAACCAAGUUUUGCAUUUUGUAUUUUUUUUAGUAAAGACCUGAAAACAAGUCUGCAUGUUUUUAAUUUAGAUCAAGCCUUCACUGAAAGAAAUAGCAUUGUUUUAUUGUCCAGACUUCCUGGUGUUUUGAUAUUGUGGGCCUCGCUGUUCCUGUUAAAGGAACAGGAAAUCUGUCAGGCAGACUUGAGCUGUAAUCCAACAGAGCAGUGGAACGUCUCCGACUCUCUCGUUGACUUUUACUGAAGGAACAGUAUUCAUUCCUAUGGGUUGAGCACAGUGUCAAUGUUGUGUAUUCUCUCAUUGACCAAAGAACGCAUAUUGCGCACACACACAAUGGGCCAAAUGCCUUCUAUUCUGUACAGUUCUACAAAUCAUUCCUGCCAUUAAAAGGUACUAGAGAUAUAGCACACUUUUCAAGUAACAUCAGUGAACAUUUUUUCCUCGUGUUUUUCAUACUACGGACUUGUGCUAACCAUCACCCAUUCAAAAUUGUUGAAUCCAAGUUGGAAAUAAUUAUAUCUAUUUUAUUUUUCAAGUUCUACUAGGUUGUAAACAGUCAUUUAUUUUGUCAAACAUCAGUCCUUUUAUUUAUAAAAUUCAAGUCGUCACUUUUAUUUCUAUAGCAAAUUUUUAUUUCUAUUAAAAAACAUACUCUCGUUGACCAAAGCUUUACAUUGGUGGAGGUACUAAUGUUAUACAACAGUGGUUCAUAGAUUAAGUACAUACAUAUAGCCCUCCCUCAGAGGACGUCAAGAAAGGCUUGAGAGUAAAGAUGAGUUUUAAGUCUCGACUUAAGAGUCGAUGGAGGGGGCAGUUCUGAUGGGAAGAAGGAUGCUGUUCCACAAUUUAGGAGCUGCAGCCGCAAAGGUGCGGUCGCCCCUGAGCUUAUGCCUAGACCAAGGGAUGUUCAGUAACCCCAAGUCCGCCGAUCUGAGGGACCUGGAGGUGGUGUGGUGGGUAAGCAGACUUUUGAUGUAGGUGGGGGCAAGCCCGUUAAGGGCUUUGUAAACAUAAAGAAAUCUCUUGAAAUUUAUUCGGAACUGCACAGGGAGCCAGUGGAGAGAGAAAUAAGAUCUCAGAAUGCAGAAUUUGAUGGUGGUCCAAGCCUUCCAUCUUAAAUUUUGCCUGUAAACGUGGCCAACAUCUAUACUUAUGAAAUGAAGAUUUUCAGUUUUAUCAAUUCAUUAUUUUUGGUAGUUGAUGUAUAUUAGGCAGUAAAAGUCUCCAAAGACCUAAUUUUUGUUCUCUUCCAAACUUAGUAUGGCCAAUCUAUUCCACCAUCCCCAUAGAGGAAUAACCAUAGUACAAAUGCAGAAAAGCAUUAUAACUGGUUUAACCAACUCAAUGAUUUUGUCACCACAAUCUUUGGUGAUCAAUCAUCACCAUAACAUGAAAUGUUAAGAAAACCACAGUUAGAAUUACAGUUUGUCGGAUAUGGUGCACUGCAACCUACCAAACCUGUUGGUGGUUUGGCUAGAAUCAAGGUUCAGGAAUCACCAGGUAGACAGAAAAUGCUGGAGUAACUCAGCGGGACAGGCAGCAUCUCUGGAGAGAAGGACCCAUUCCUUCUCUCCAGAGAUGCUGCCUGUCCCGCUGAGUUACUGCAGCAUUUUGUGUCUACCUUCGAUUUAAACCAGCAUCUGCAGUUGUUUCUUACACAUUCAGGAAUCACCAUAUGUGUGUUGGAAAACUGUUGAAGUCGAAUCAGCGAAAGCCUUGUAAUUUGCCAACAUAGAAAAUUGCUAAACUUCCCACAGUGUGCCUGUCGGUGACUUACCGGUAGUUAUUGGGUUGCCAACGCUGUUGUUGAUGGUUGACUUCCUUUCACUCUUUCAAUAGCAUUUGCAUUCUGCAUGAAUAUCAUUGUAGAAUAUCAUUGAGAGAUUUUAAAAAUGUUUUAAUAAUUAUACAUCAGUAGUAUUAGAUGAAUACUUCAAUGUGUAAUUCCCAUAUUUUUAAACUCUUUGUAUGGUCAAAGAGAUUUUAUUUUAUUAUGACUGUAUCUUUGUAAUCAAUGCCUGUAUGUCAAAUAUUGGAGAAAUCCACUCCAGGUUUUACAGCUCGUUUUAGGAUACUUGCUCUUUUGCACAUAUUUUCCUGGACCAUUUUCUGUUUAUGAUUGAUACUUUCCAUGUUUAAAAAUCCGGAAUUGAUAAAGCUGGUUAUUCACCAGCUCAACUUCAUUCAUUACGACUUCAGGACCUUGCAUUAGCCCCUUCUUUUGACUUUUUUUUAUUUUGCCCAUAACAGAGUUGAGGUAACACAAAAUGAAUCAUAUUUUUCCCUCAUUGGCAUUCUUAAGUCUAUUAUACCAAAAAAAAUAUGAAUGUAAACUUUUUGUUUGUUUCUACUGGAGAAUUGACCCAACUCUGAGAAUGAAUGCGAGAGCUGGGAAUAAUGACCAGUAAACUCUUAAUUAGAGCAGAGUAAAACUCCAUUAAUCCAGCACCCUCGGAACUUCGGUGCCAGACUAUAUUGGAUGAUUAUUUCUAAUCAUACCCCAACAUGCCUUUAUUUUGCUGUUUUACAUUUUAAACAGUAGAAUGAUAAAUUUCCCAACCUGAUGAGUCUGAAGGGAAUUGGAAAUAUACAUGUACGCUGGACCCCUGCUCCAUCCUCAAACCUACCCACGUUCUGGAUCCUGAUUCUGGUCCCAUUUGCACACCCGACACCAAGUCCAGACCCCCCCCCCCCCGCCCUGCCAUGCAGCCUCUUGCACUCCAAACUAACAAGUGAGCCAGAUACUGAAUUCUCAGAAUUUCCAAGAUGUUGAAGUCAGAGUUUUACUGUCAUUGCUUUCGAAAUAUUUUUAAUCCAGGUUGAGUAUGUACAGUGAAAUUACAAAUUUAAUUUUCUUUACAAAUUAUGAUAGGGUGACAUAUUUUUGAUAAUUUUUCCUUCUAUUGAUUGACAUUUUGUACUUGCUUUCCUCUCUGAGCUUCAUUGAAGCUCUCCCAGACAGUUUGUUUUUGGGGGAAAAAGUGAAAUGUAAUCACUGUUUCUAUUUCUGAGAUGACUCUAAGCACCUCUCUUGUACUUCUUGACAACUUCCAAGAGAAAAAAAGAUAAUUUCACUCCACUACAAGAUUGCUAAUUUUUUAACUAUAUUGCUGCGGUCCUUGCUACUCUUAAUUUAUCUCUUUUUCCUGAAGGUAUUGAGAUAUGUCACCUACAAAAUGUCUCCCUUGCCUCUCUGCCACUUCCCCCACACCAUGACUUUACCAUGUUGAUCCCUCUGAGGGUCUAAAAUCUGUAACUACUGACCUCAUCCACUACCCAUAACCUGGGAGGUUUGAAAGCACCUAAACGUAACUUGAAGAUAGACACAAAAUGUUGGAGUAACUCAGCAGGACAGACAGCAUCUUUAGAGAGAAGAAAUGGAUGAUGUUUCGUGAAAGAUACGCAAAAAAAGUAACAAUGAUAAAGGAAACUGGUCGUUGUUAGCCAGGUGAGAAUGAAAAGCUGGUGUGACUUGAGUGGGGGAGGGAUGGAGAGAGCGAAUGCAGGGUUUAGAGAAAUCAAUAUUCAUACAUCAAGGGUUGUAAGCUGCCCUAGUGAAGUAUGAGAUGGUGUUCCUCCUAUUUGUGUUUAGCCCCACUCUGACCUUUCUUUCCAAGGCCUCCAUCGUCAGUAUGGGAAAUGGAAGGGGAAUUAAAGGGUUUAGCAACUGGGAGAUCAGUUUAGCAACCUUAACCUGAUGUUUUUUUUAACUAUCCUAUUCAUUCUGACUUUAAUGUCCUGUGCAAUAUGUCAAAUAGAAUUUUAAAAAUCAGCACCUAUGGGAUAACAAGGUUUUUGAAUCUGACCUUGAUUUAAUUGAUAAGAUCCCAUUGCACUCGAGAUAUCCUGAUAAGUUACCAAAAAAAAAAGAAAAUCAGAAAAGCUCAUCUUCUAAAACUGCUUGGGCU